AUGACAAUGCCACACCAUUCGUCAGGUCCUGCCAAGGACAGCCCUCUCUGCCGAUUUCCCCCUUUCCCUGGAGGAAACCCCGUCUUUACCAAUAUUCGGCGCGAAAAAGUCAAUUUCCAAUUACCCCCUCCAGACCAUGCUCUUCUCGCAGCCGCCUGGGCUGUUUUACUUCGAUUGUAUACUGGCCAUGUCAAGACUUGCUUCGAAUCUGCAACUUCCGACCAGGAAGCGAAUUUGGUCACCUAUGAAGCUCGCGAUAGCGAUACCUUGCAAACCAUCGUACUUAGAGGUGCGUGUGUGAGUAGCACUGCAGAAGAAAAGGCCGGCCUCCGCGACCUUAACACAGCUGUGGUGCGCACGACUGUUAGCAUCGACUCAUGGACAGAUGAAAUGCUGCAAGACAAAAUCGCCGCCUUGUUGCAGCCGGGAAAAGAGAUUGUACUUUUUCAAACACCUUCAGGAUGCGUUCUUGUGUACAUGCAGAGUUUCAUGUCAGCAAUGGAAGUCAAGAACGUAUCCUCCACCCUCACCUACAUAAUGUCCAGCGAUCCAGACAAAACCGCCAUCCGGAAUUUAAGCAUUAGUCCAAGGGAUCUUGCCCAGAUCAUGCGCUGGAAUGAUAGAAAGUUGAAAUCAGAACGCACGAAUCUUGUCUAUGAUUUAUUCUCUGCAAGAGCCCACGAGCAAGAUGCCAACAUGGCGAUCGAUGCAUGGGACGGUCGGAUGUCCUACACAGAGUUGGAAAGGGUCUCCAGUACCUGGGCACGACAACUACAAAAGCAAGGAAUCUCCCAAGGCUCCUGGGUCCUUUUCUGUUUUGAGAAGUCUCGCCUGGCAGUUGUUUCUAUGAUCGCAAUCUUGAAAGCGGGCGGCGUGUGUGUCCCUAUAGACCCAAGGUACCCCGUAGAGCGGAUCCGUGACAUAAUUAGGACUACAAAUGCGACGAUUGCUCUUGUAGGAGCGGGAAAGACUGCUGCUCUUUUCAAGAGCGCCGAUACCGCUGUCCAAACGAUCGACAUAACUAAAGAUAUCCCACAUGGAUUGUCGGAUACGGUCGUACAAUCGAACACAAAAAUCGACGAUCCUGCAUUUGGUCUCUUUACCUCGGGCAGUACUGGCGUCCCUAAGUGUAUCGUCGUCACACACUCCCAAAUUUGUACGGCGGUACAGGCAUACAAAGAUCGGUUUGGGGUUACUUCUGAAACUCGAGUCCUUCAAUUCUCGUCUUACACCUUCGAUAUUUCAAUUGCGGAUACCUUUACGGCUUUGUUCUAUGGCGGUACUUUAUGCAUUCCAUCGGAGGAGGAUCGUAUGAGUAACCUACAGGAUUACAUGGUGUCAGUUCGUCCCAACUGGGCCGUCUUGACGCCCACUGUCUCCCGAUUUCUAGAUCCAGGGGUGGUGAAAGACUUUAUCUCGACACUGAUUUUCACGGGCGAGGCUAGUAGGGAAGCCGACACUGUACCUUGGAUAGAGGCUGGUGUGAACCUAUACAACGUUUAUGGGCCUGCUGAGAAUACUCUGAUUACUACGGCUACCAGAAUUCGCAAAGGGAAGUCUUCCAAUAUUGGUUACGGGGUCAACACUCGUACUUGGGUGACUGAUGUUUCUGGUGCAUGUCUCGUUCCUGUCGGAAGCAUAGGCGAACUUUUGAUCGAGUCUGGCCAUUUAGCAGACAAAUAUCUAAACAGGCCUGAUAGAACCGAAGCCGCAUUUUUGUCGGACCUGCCCUGGAUACCCAACUAUGAGGGAGAUUCUGUACGCAGAGGUAGGAGGUUCUAUCGUACUGGAGACCUUGUGCGCUAUUGCGACGACGGUUCUCUUAUCUGUGUUGGACGCUCCGAUACGCAAAUUAAAUUGGCUGGACAACGUGUUGAGCUCGGUGAUGUGGAGGCUCACCUCCAAAGCGACCCGACCACAUCCCAGGCUGCUGUGGUUUUCCCCAGGUCAGGACCGCUCGAGGCCCGACUUAUAGCAUUGUUGGUGACGGGAAACAAAGACGGGACGCCUCACAAUCAACAGAGUCUACCGAAACCAGCUUUUGCGCAAUGCCCACCCGAUCUAGUAAAGUAUGCAACAUCGAGCCUUCAACAAAGGCUACCGUCAUACAUGGUACCUUCAGUGUGGCUGGGUAUCGAUUUUCUUCCCAUGUCAGUGUCAGGAAAACUCGACAGGGCGGUUCUUCAAGNCCAGCUGGAAUCUCUGUCUCCUUCUGACUAUGCUGAGAUCCUUGGCACUACGGGCUUGGAGGUCGAUCCAGGCGGUGCCGCUUCGUCCGUCGCCAGUGAUAGCGAUUUGCGCGAUAUGAACGACGAUAGCUUGUUGUUAACCGCAUGCAGUCGUGUGUUGAACUUACCUGCAGGUAAAAUAUCAUACUCCCAGUCUUUCAUUCAUGCCGGCGGCGACUCUAUCACUGCUAUGCAAGUUUCUUCUUGGAUGAAGAGGUUUACUGGAAAGAGGAUUGGUGUAAAAGACUUGCUCGUGUCUCCUUCUAUCAGCACUGCGGCAUCUUGCAUCAAGAGUGCGCAAGACGGAUCUCGAAACUUCGUAGCCGUUCGGCCGGGCCAAAGAAUCCCUGUAUCACCAAUUCAAAAGUUGUUCUUUCAAACAGCAGAGGCAUCCAAAUCCUGGAAUCAUUAUCACCAGAGUUUUCUGUUCCGUAUCGAUCAGCCAAUUAAGCCACAAACUAUCGAAGAUGCGAUAAGCCUUGUCAUGCAACGACAUCCAAUGCUUCAGGCACGAUUUGAGAGGACAGAGGAAGGAGAUUGGUAUCAGUAUAUCCCAAUAGAUGUAGAGAGAAGGGCAUCUGUAGAGGUGAUCGGAUCACUGAGUACCGAUGAUCGAGAGGCUGCCAUGCUUCGAGCUAGGCAGUCUAUCGAUUUGACAGAAGGACCGCUAAUACGUUGUCAGCUCUUCAAUAACAAUGUCGAUGAGGCGAGCAGAUUGUUCUUUGUUGUCAUUCAUCACGCAGUAGUCGAUCUUGUGUCCUGGCGAAUCAUCAUGGAGGAACUGGAGGCACAUCUUGCCACAGAUUCAACACCAGACAGGGGUGAGGCAUACCAGGAGUCAGUUCCCUUUUUGGCAUGGUGCCAGGUCCAAGCAGAGGCGGUGAAAGAUAUCCCGGUCGAUCGAACGGUUCCGCUAAUACCCAAAAUACCCACGGCUGACUUUGGGUAUUGGGGGUUGAAGCAUGAUGAGAACGUAUAUGGUAAUACCGUGGAGCGAAAAAUCCCACUUGGCCAUUCAAUUACGGAGGACUUGCUCUACAAGUGCCAUGACUCACUUCACACUAAAACAAUUGACGUAUUACUCGCUGCUGUUCUAGUAUCUUUCAGGAGAUCCUUUCUAGAUAGACCAGUUCCUGCAGUCUUUAAUGAGGGUCAUGGAAGAGAGCCGGGGGGCGAAGACGCCGUCGAUCUCUCUCGCACCGUUGGCUGGUUCACAACGAUAUCGCCUGUUUACGUCCCUGAAGUGAGUCCAGGAGACAUACUUGACGUGGUAAGGCGGGUUAAGGACUACCGCUGGGCAACUCCAAACAACGGGUUUGACUAUUUCUCAACCAAGUAUCUCACUCAAAGUGGUAUUAAGCUUUUCGAGGAUCAUCUGCCAGCUGAAAUUCUUUUCAAUUAUGAGGGCAGAUAUCAGGCAAUGGAAAGUGAGCAAACAGUCCUAAAGCCGGAGUCUUGGCAUGCUGGAGAGGCAUCCAAAGACCAAGACCCAGGCCUAAGGAGGUUUUGUUUGUUUGAAAUCUCCACAGCAGUCCUUCCAGAUGGUCAGUUGCACCUCACAUGCUCCUGGAACAAAAAUAUGCGUCAUCAAGGUCGAAUCCGUCUAUGGUUAGACACCUUACUUCCUGCAGCCAUUGGGGAGAUUGUGUCCAGCCUUGCGCUUGCGAGUCCGCAAUUGACGCUUUCUGAUGUAGAGUUGCUACGACUCUACGACUAUUCUUCUCUUGAUAUCUUGAAGAAAUCCAUACUGUCUAUCCCUGCGGUACAGACUCUUGACGACCUAGAAGGAGUUUAUCCAGGGUCUCCCAUGCAGGAUGCCCUUUUUCUGAGCCAGUCCAAGUCUCAGGAUGGUGCAUAUGAGGUGGAUUUCACAUGGCGAGUAGCUACUUCUCUCCAGAACUCCCAACCAGCAGUUGACAUCGGCUGCCUUGUCGAAGCAUGGAAGGACACUGUUGCACUCCACGCGGCUCUGCGAACCGUGAUUCUCGAGUCCAGCUUGCCUGCUACUGGAAUCCUCCACCAAGUUGUCCUGAGGUCCCAUGACCCAGAUAUAGUCAUCUUGGAUGUGAGGGACGUCACCGCCGCUAUCACAAUACUUGAUAGCUACCCGCCACCGACAGAAGAGGGCAUAGCCUUGAUCAAGAGACCCCCACAUAGGCUAUUGAUCUGCACCACAAUUGAAGGGAGCGUUCUUAUCAAGUUUCAGGUCAACCAUCUUGUUUUUGACGGCAUGUCAACGGACAAGAUUAUCCAGGAUCUAUCGAAGGCAUAUACGUGCAGACAUUCAAACAAGCUGCCAGACCAUAGUGAAUCGAAACUUCAUGAUGGCACGUACGGAAACCGUCCAACAAAGCCGCCUCUUGCCGAAUUUAUCCGGUAUAUUCGAGAUCCACAACGAAAACAAGACAGCAUUAACUAUUGGAAAAACGCUUUGAGAGGUGCGACAACUUGCAGUUUCCCCCCUCUUUUUGACCAAAUCACAUCGGAGAAAGCUAUGCCACGUCAGUCUUGGGCUUCAGUCCCCAUCCCGCUUUGUGUGGAUUCGAAGGAGCUCUCAAAAACGCUUGCAAAUCUUGGUAUCACCAUGUCAACCAUGUUUCAGACAGUAUGGGCCAUUGUAUUACGUAUUUACAGUCAGAAUGGACAAAGCGUCUUUGGAUACCUCACCUCGGGUCGGGAUGCUCCUGUGGAUGGCAUUGACAGCGCCGUGGGCAAUUUCAUCGCUAUGCUGGUAUGCUUCUUUGACUUUGACGACGAUGGAGUUCAUACCGUUGCGGAUAUGGCCCGUAAGAUUCAUAAUGCUUCGGCCAAUUCGAUUAGUCAUCAAGCCUGUUCACUCGCCGAGAUCCAGGAUGCUUUGGGCCUGUCAACUGCUACGCCUCUAUUCAACACAGCCUUUACUUAUCUGCCAAAACGCCCUACCAAUGUCAAGGCUGGAGAACCAGAACAUCAUCUUUGUUUUGAAGAACUUUCGAUGAGCGAUCCUACCGAGUUUGAUUUGACAUUGUUCGUUGAGCCCACACAAGAGAGUAACGAAGUAUCUGCACACUUGGACUUCAAACUCUCUUAUAUUAGUCAGGCCUAUGCGACCAGUAUUGCUUCAACAGUUGCGCAUAUAUUGUCAGAGCUAGUACACGAUCCAUACAGAGCCUUAAACACACUUCCGAUCGUUAGUGAGCAUGACACUGCGAUUAUUCGGAGUUGGAACGAUCACCUCUUCCCACCGGCUACGGAAUGUAUUCAUGAAACCUUUUCCAGGAAAGUUGUGGAACAUCCUCAACGAGAGGCUAUUUGCAGUUGGGAUGGAUCCUUGACGUAUGCAGAAUUAUCUGACUUGUCACAACGCUUGUCUAUCCAUCUGGUUUCUCUCGGAAUUAAGGUUGGCACCAAAAUACCUAUUUGCUUCGAGAAGUCCAUGUGGACAAUUGUUACUAUUCUAGCUGUUGUUCAAGCUGGAGGUGUCUUUGUUCUGUUGGAGCCCGGCCACCCAGAAUCUCGACUCUCGGGAAUCAUUAAACAGGUACAGGCAGAGCUAUUGCUGUGUUCACCCGCUACCAGCCGCAUGGGGGCCUUGCAGAAUAUAUCUACCCAGAUGGGGACGGAGUUCAAGAUUGUUGAACUUGAGCCGGAAUUCAUCCGAAGCCUUCCACUUCCACCUAAGCCGAACCACCAACCUAUGGUGGGCCUCAAUGACGAUCUAUAUGUCGUUUUCACCUCUGGGUCGACUGGAGUUCCAAAAGGGGCGGUUGCAACCCAUCAAGCAUAUGCUACUGGUAUUUAUGAGCAUGCAGUGGCAUGUGGUAUGACUUCAUUAGGCGCCCCACCCCGGUCGCUUCAGUUUGCAUCUUACAGCUUCGAUGCUUCCAUCGGAGAUAUUUUCACAACACUUGCUGUAGGUGGUUGCCUUUGUAUACCUCGGGAGGAAGACAGAAACCCAGCUGGCAUUACUACAUUCAUAAAUCGCUAUGGUGUAACCUGGGCCGGCAUAACCCCUUCACUCGCAUUGCACCUCGACCCUGAUGCGGUUCCGACAUUGAAGGCUCUUUGCGUGGCUGGAGAGCCACUUUCCAUGUCUGUUGUCACAGUUUGGAGUAAGCGCCUUAACCUCAUCAACAUGUAUGGACCGACCGAAGCCACAGUGGCUUGCAUAGCCAACCAGGUAACGUGUACCACUACCACAGUUAGUGAUAUUGGACGAGGAUAUAGAGCUACAACGUGGGUUGUUCAACCUGACAACCAUAAUUCCUUAGUACCAAUCGGUGCUGUUGGUGAGCUGAUCAUUGAGGGGAGCAUUCUUUGUCGUGGCUAUCUCAACGAUCCUGAAAGAACCGCUGAAGUGUUCAUUCGGAGCCCGUCAUGGCUCCAUGAUUUGCGACCAAACAGCACACUUUACAAGACGGGAGAUUUGGUCCGGUACAGCGCUGACGGGAAGAUAAUUUUUAUAGGCCGCAAGGAUACUCAGGUCAAGAUGAAUGGGCAACGUUUCGAACUUGGGGAGGUAGAGCACGCACUUCAGCUGCAGCUGGAUCCAUCCGAUGGCCCCAUAAUUGUGGAUCUUCUCAAGAGAACUCAGUCAGGAGAGCCCGAUCUGCUCAUCGCAUUCUUGUUCGUUGGACGCGCCAACACUGGAACCGGCAAUAGCGAUGAAAUUUUCAUUGCAACGAGCACUUCUUCAUUAUCUGAGUUCUCAACUGUGAUAAAAAAGCUACAAGACGCCCAGCGCGCAAUGGAGGUAUUACCUCUCUUUAUGGUCCCACAGGCAUAUAUCCCAAUUGAAGGAGGCAUUCCUUUGACGGCGGCUGGGAAGAUAGAUCGCCGCAUGCUCCGUAAGCUUUGUGAGCCGUUCAAUCGAAAUGAUCUUAUCAGCUUCACAUCAAAGGCCUUGAGCACUUCUGUGAAAGAUGCAGAAACAACAGAUACUGUUGAGGACCGUCUUGCCAGAAUAUGGGAAAAGGUGCUUGGAGUGAAGGGGGUGGGGAGAGAGAGUGACUUCUUCAGUUCCGGUGGAAACUCUAUGGCUGCUAUUGCCCUGAGGGCUGAAGCUCAAAGAUCGGGGUUUACUCUGUUUGUCGCCGAUAUAUUCACGAAUCCGCGCCUCGCUGAUAUGGCGAAACUCUUCUCCCAUGGUCAAUCAGUCUCACCCUCUUCGUCUACAUUGAGGACAAAAGUUCCCAUAUCUAGUCUUCAAAAAAGGUCAAGUGGUUUGCAAACAGCAGCGCCAGUGUCCAACGGUUCACCAGUUCGCAGAUGCCAGAAGGAGAACAUUAUUGAUUGCCCCGUAGCCUUUGAGUACGAAGAAGGGCCUAGCGAUACUCAACUGAAGGAGGCCUCUCGUAUAUGCGGUAUCUCUUCCAGGAGCAUUGAAGAUGUGUUCCCCUGCACACCCAUGCAGGAAGCGUUAGUGGCGCUAUCGUUAAUCCCUGGGGCCCAAGCGUCGUAUGCACUCCAUGCUGCAUUCGAACUACGCCCUGGCCUCGACAGGAAUCGCUUCCGAUCCGCUUGGGAAUCUACAGUAAAGGCACAACCAAUACUUCGCAGCAGAAUCAUAUCAGGUUCUAAUGGUAGCUCGGUGGUUGUAACAAGCGCUACGGAUAGUAUUCCUCAAUUGGACGUUUCCGGGCUGGACACGUUCCUCGAGCAGCAGCUUCAGGUGGGUUUUGCGCCCGGUGCCCCACUUUUUCGUCUUGCCUUUGUGUAUAGCAAGGCGGAUGAUUGCGACUAUUUCGUCAUCAGUGCUCAUCAUGCCAUUUACGACGGAUGGUCGUUGAACCUGAUCUGGAGCCAGGUUCUUGCAUUAUACACCAAUGGUGAACUGCCUCCUCCAGGCCCCUCUUUCAAACAUUUCGCGAGAAAUCUCAACCUGGUUCAGUCAAAGUUGGACUCGGAGGAUUUCUGGCGCAAGCUGCUUGUGAAGCCUGACCAGGAAAGCUUCAGGUUUCCAGACGUGCCUGUGGGCCACAAACCAGCAACCAGGUGUACUACGAAUUUCCAUUUUCCUUUUAGUAUGCAGUCUAAGAUUGGCACCACUGCUAAUACCUGUAUAAAUGCUGCAUGGGCAAUUACUUUGGCCCAAUACUCUUCCAAUAAGACAGUAAAUUUUGGUGUUACCCUUUGGGGAAGGGACUUCCCCAUGAUAGACAUCGAGCAUAUGACAGGCCCGACUAUUGUCACCGUACCGCGCCAGGUUAACGUUAUCCCUGAAUCCAGCGUUGCGGAGUUCCUCCAGGAUCUGCAGAAAUCUCUGGCCGUGGUAUUGCCACAUCAGCAUUUAGGACUCCACCGAAUCCAGGCUCUUGGACCUAUAGCUAGGCAGGCCUGUGACUUUUCUACACUACUUGUUGUAAACCAUGGCUCCUCCAUCUCUUGGUCAGAGCUGGAGGCUGCAGAUAUUGUUCCGGUACCACUACGCUCAUCGGAUCUCUACGCGUACCCUAUGGUCGUAGAAGUGGAAAACGCUAGCAGUGAUACUCUUGAUAUCAGGGUACAUUCGGAUCCCGAUUGUAUUGAAGUUCAGCUCCUGGAAAGAUUGAUGGAACAAUUUGGCCACAAUUUGCAAACCCUGUGUCGAGCAGCCUCUUUUGAUCCGGGCAAGAGAAUAGCUGAGCUGAUGGACGACACAGCCACUACCCAUCUCCGUACCCUCUUCAGCUGGAAUAGCCGAGUCAAGGAUUCACCCGAUGUUGCGGCCAUUGCAGUGCACAAACUAUUGGAAGAGACGGCACAAAGUCAACCAGCCGAGUCAGCAAUAGUUGCCCAUGAUGGGCAGUUGUCUUAUAUGCAAAUGGAUCGUUGCGCGGAUGUACUGGCCCGUCAGAUCAGAAAGACUAAUAUGAUAUCAGCUCAGAGCCCCUUUGUUUGCAUUCACCUUCUCAGAUCAGCAACUGCAGUUGUAUCUAUGCUCGCAGUUCUGAAAGCUGGCGGUGCCUUUAUGCCUGUCGACAUUUCGCAGCCUAGAUCCCGAUUACAAAACCUCAUUGAGGAGUCGGGUGCCAAACUAGUUCUCACUUUACCUGAGAGUGCCAAUGCCCUGGCGACUUUGAGCGGAUUGACAAAGGUUAUCCCGGUCUCGCUCUCGGAAUUAGUCCAGCAGAUAACCGACAACACGACGAAAAAGGAUGAGUACUGCAAGAGCGGAGACACUGAUCCGUCCAGCCCAGCUUACCUGUUGUACACCUCGGGCACGUCAGGCAAGCCUAAAGGUGUUGUCAUGGAGCAUAGAGCUUGGUCGCUAGGUUUGACCUGCCAUGCCGAAUACAUGGGAUUUAAUUCAUGUACCCGUAUUCUACAAUUCAGCAGCCUAAUGUUUGAUCUCAGCAUCCUUGAAAUAUGGGCAGUACUCUAUGCGGGAGGCUGCUUGUUUAUUCCUUCGGAUAAAGAAAGGGUCAACAAUCUCCAAGACUUCACAAGGAUAAAUGAUAUCAACACGGUCUUCUUGACGCCAAGUAUAGGCAAAUUACUCAAUCCAAAGGACCUCCCCAAUAUCUCGUUUGCAGGCUUCAUUGGAGAACCCAUGACCCGAUCUCUUAUCGAUGCCUGGACGCUGCCGGGCCGGCGUCUGGUGAACAGUUACGGGCCGACAGAAGCGUGUGUGCUGGUUACAGCCCGGGAAAUUUCACCAACCGCACCACAUGAUAAGCCUAGCUCGAACAUCGGCCAUGCCCUGGGUGCGAAUAUAUGGGUUGUAGAGCCACAGCGGACAGCGUUGGUUCCGAUAGGCGCAGUUGGUGAGCUUUGCAUUGAGGCUCCAUCACUGGCUCGGUGUUAUUUAGCCAAUCCAGAGCGGACAGAAUACUCCUUUCCCAGUACCGUACUGGAUAACUGGCAAACGAAGAAAGGGACCCGCGUGUAUCGAACAGGAGACCUGGUUCGCUAUGCGUCUGAUGGCACGCUGGAUUUCUUGGGACGGAAAGAUGGUCAGAUCAAACUAAGGGGUCAGCGUAUAGAGCUGGGAGAGAUUGAGCACCAUAUUCGGCGACUUAUGUCAGACGAUCCUCGAUUCCAUGAAGCCUCUGUUCAGCUCUACAACCCUGCAACAGAUCCCGACCGCGAUGCAACCGUUGAUGUCCAAAUGCGCGAACCUUAUCUCGCCGGCCUUCUUGUAUUGGACUUGGUUUUCACUGAUGAGGUCAUGGGGAUUCCAUGCACGUCCUUAACAUCGGCGAAUACUAGCGAGAAUCUACAGACUCUGGUGACCGAAUUGAAGAAAAGCCUCCGUGGUGUGCUUCCGCACUACAUGGUCCCCUUGCAUUUUGUUGCGGUCAGUAGGCUCCCUACUGGUUCCUCGGGGAAAUUAGACCACGCGUUUGUUCGAGCAUGCCUUCGUGAGCUCACUGCUCCUUUAGACGGCAAUUUUCCAAAAGUUGAACAAGUCUUAACGACCAAUGAGUCCGUGCUUCGUCAAUGGUGGGGCACAGUUCUGGCUAUGGAUCCACAUUCCAUUCAACGGGGUGACGACUUCUUUUCUCUGGGAGGUAGUUCAAUCUCUGCUAUGAGACUCGUCGGGCUUGCUCGCUCGUCAGGGCACAAGCUGCAGCAUGAAGAUAUUUUCAUGUGUCCCAGGCUUGCAGAUAUGGCAGGCCAAAUUUCCUUUGUUCAGGAGGCCAGUGUUAGCCCGACGACUAGCCCCACCAUCAAGUUUGAUCUUUUGGACGACUGCGAAGUUGAUGAAGUCAUUGACCACAUCCUUCCACAACUUGACAUGAACAAAGAACUUAUCGAAGACGUGUAUCCCUGCACUCCGCUUCAAGAAUCUUUAAUGGCUGCUACAGCACGACAUGGCGAGGCUUAUACGAUGAUACAAUCGAUCACGGUCCUUGCGUCGCAACUAGCCCAGCUCAAAAAAGCUAUGGAUGUCGUUUUUCGGGACUUCGAGGUACUCAGAACAAGGAUCGCUUUGGGCCCGAGCCAACAGGCCCUCCAAGUUGUUGUUAAGCAUGAGGAACUAUCUUGGGAAAGUUUUCCUAGUAUCCAAUCAUUCAAGGAUCACUUUUACCGCUCUCUUGGCUACGGUAAGCCACUAGCUCGAUUAGCUGUAAUUACGCAAGCGCUGGACACAAAGCAACCCAUCUCCCACGGUACAAGAGAAGCUAGAACUAAAAACAGCCAAGAUACAGUGAUGGUUGUCGUAGGUGCACACCACAGCAUCUAUGAUGCCCACGUCUUGUCUAUGAUAUGGCGUAGGCUCUACCGAGAAUUCAUAGGGAGCCAGGCAGAUGGCAUACUCGAGGCUGAAACAAGCCGUUCUGAGGGAGUUGUUCCCUUCAAGUCAUACGUUGAGAAGUUGCUUCGAGGAAAGGAUAACGAUGAAUCGCUUCUUUUCUGGAAAGAAAAACUGCGCGGGGUGUCUUCAUCCCAAUUUCCGCCCGCCUCCUGGCCCCGUGUGCUAGAACAUCAGCCCUCAGCCACCCAAACGCUCAUAACCAAAGUGUCUCUUCCCACUAGUAGCCGGAAGAAACUAGGAGCUACGGUGGCUACAGUAGCGUACGCGGCAUGGGCUCUCACUAUCGCUCACUAUACCGCGGAUCCUGAUGUAGUCUUUGGAGCGACGUUAUCAGGUCGUGAGACCAUGGCGGGUAGCAUAAGCCAUCCCGAGUCUAUUGCCGGGCCAACAAUCAUCACCGUACCUUUACGCAUCAUUAUCGACUUCCAAACAGUGGUGUCCGAUUUCUUGAGUACCCUUCAAAAAGACAUAGUACGUGCCGCUUACUUCGGUCAGAUGAUGGGGCUUAACUCAAUUGCCCAUAUCGAUAAUGACUGCAGAGAUGCGUGUGGAUUCAAAAGCAUCAUUGUGGUUCAGGUACCAGAUGAGGGUGAAAACCACGAUGGUAGAGCUGCAAAUCCGUUCCAGAUGUCUCUCGAGUCCAUAGGCCAUUUUCCAGCACCUCUUGUUGUUGAAGUGGAGCAAUCGGAAAGUACAGAUGUACUCAUCAGAAUGGCUUACGAUCCUGUACUAGUUCCUGAGAAGCUGGCUCACUUCAUAUCAGACACGUUCACGACUACUAUGAGCAACCUUUCCGCGGCCAAUCCAAAAGCUAAAGUAGAAUCUAUCCCAGCUCUUUCCGAGGCUCACCUAGCUGAACUAGAUGUGACCUGCCCUGAAUGGAUUCUUGGGAAGGCAAAAGAUGAAAAAAUAAGGACUGAGUCUCAUCAGUGCCUCCAGGAUCUCGUUUGCCGGAGGGCCCAACAGUCUCCUAACAGUCAAGCCAUAGAUUCAUGGGAUGGCUCAAUCUCUUACCACGAGUUAGAUGGGCUAUCAUCCAUACUUGCCGAACACCUUUCUCAGCUUGGCGUUAGACCCGAAGCCCCUGUCUGCUUACUAUUUGAGAAAUCGAAAUGGGCAGUCGUAGCCAUGAUAGGCAUUAUCAAGGCUGGAGGCUGCUUCGUCCCACUCGACCCGUCUUAUCCCCAUGAAAGACUUGAACACAUCAUUAGUGAGACAGGGUCAUCGGUCAUUGUUACUUCUGCUGCUUAUUCGAAACUCUGCUUGUCGUUGUCGGUGCGUGGCAUCGUCUGUGAUGGAUCUGUGUUCUCUUCUACAAAGAAACCCCUCCCAUCAACAGCUGAUUCUCCUCCUUCCUUCUCCGUCCGACCUAACCAGGCGGCAUACAUUUUAUUUACUUCUGGUAGUACCGGCAAGCCGAAGGGAGUUGUGAUGGAGCAUCACUCAGUCUGCUCGGCCCUCAUCGCACUUGGCAAACGUAUGGGCCUUGGUCCACAAUCUCGAGUGUUGCAGUUCAACUCGUACUGGUUCGAUGUCAUGCUCCUUGAUAUUUUCGGUACGCUUGUAUAUGGAGGUUGUCUCUGUAUCCCCAAAGAAGAGCAAAGAAUGAGCAAUUUGUCUGGUUGGGUACAGAAGUUUAAGGUCAACACUAUGUUGCUGUCAACUUCUGUAUCUAGGCUUAUGCAGCCGGCUGACACACCAUCUUUGGAAACGCUAUGUCUCACUGGAGAAGCCGUGUUGCAGAGUGACGUGGAUCGAUGGGCACCCAAACUACACCUGAUUGCAGGAUACGGACCUACUGAAACAUGUAUAAUGUCGGUCUCCGGGGAACUAACACCUUCUUCCCCAGCAAAUCUCAUUGGAAAACCAGUCUCUUGCCAGGCAUGGGUAAUCAACCCAUUGAAAGAGACAGAACUGGCACCCUAUGGUGCGACCGGCGAGCUUUACAUCCAAGGUCCCACUGUAGCGCGGGGUUAUCUUCACGAUGACGUGUUGACUAGUAAAGCAUUCAUCGUCGACCCGCAAUGGCUGACGGGAUACAAGACAAACGAAAACCAAUGGUCACGUCGGGCUUACAAGACGGGUGAUCUUGUGUUCUGGGGCCCCCAAAGCAAUCUUUACUAUGUCAGACGCAAGGACUCUUCUCAGGUCAAGAUCCGUGGACAACGAGUUGAGCUAGCCGAGAUAGAGGAGGUGAUCCGUCAGCAUAUCCCUCCUGAUGUUACCGUAUGCGUAGACCUUUUAUCCUCAGACGAUCAAAACACAAGAAUCAUUCUAGGUGCAGUGCUCGGCAUUGGAGACAGAGCCCUUGGCGGACCAGAGGAUCUCGAGGUGAUCGGUUACAUGGAUGACUUGAAAAGCCAUAUCAUACCUGCCCUUGAAGCAUCUUUACCGCAUCAUAUGAUUCCAGAAGCGUAUGUGCCUUUUGUUCAACUACCAACCCUAGGCUCGGGAAAGCUGGACCGUAAGACAGUGCGUAGGGUCGCAGGUCCGCUUGCGUUUUCCUUGCCGCAAGCGUCUGCAAGGCAUCCUAACCAGCCAACGCUAACGCAUACACAAAAACUACUGAGGCAACUGUGGUGUAAGAUUCUCCCCCAGCUAGAUGAAUCAGCUGUCAACAAACAAGACAAUUUCCUAGGAAUCGGAGGUGAUUCUAUCGCAGCUAUAAAAUUAGUUGCACUUCUCAGACAACAUGGGAUUUCGUUGGCUGUAGCGGAAAUAUUCACUCGCCCUACCUUAGAAGCAAUGUCUUCCUUGAUAGAUGAGCAUAAUUUUGUUGUUUCUCAUGCGGGCAUACUAAGCGAUGUUACGCGCAAUACGAGUGGCGUAAUGAGGCAGACAACAAAUCUCAUCGCCGGUCGGCAUUCCAUGGCCGUGGAAAAGUCUCGAGAAUGUGACAACUCCACUCUUCCAUGCACUGAAUAUCAGCAGAUGUUCCUUGCUGGCACUGAGGCUUUUACUGGGGCACACUCAGCACAAUUUAUUUUCCGCUUGCCCGAAAAGAUUGACCUGGACCGACUUCAAGCCGCCUUUGAUCACUGCGCCGAUUGGUAUCCAAACCUUAGAACACAAAUCCACAAAGAUGCUGAUACUGGGAGGUUAUUGCAUGAUAUCUCACCUAUAGGUGUGAAGGUUCCGUGGAGCUGUCAUUACAGUGAUGAUCUUAACACUGUGCUUUCUCAUGACAAGAAGUUUCCGCCUGGUUUAGAUGGCCCCCUGCAUAGGGUGACGAUCAUGAGACACCGCGACCCCACGGAAAGCAUGCUUGUAUGGACCCUCAAUCACGCUGCAUAUGAUGCAUGGAGCCUCAGGAUGAUGCUAGAACACAUAACGGAAGCAUAUGCAAACCCUGACUACGAGCCAUCCUAUUCUCUCGGAUGGACUGCAUUUGUCUUGCAUACCGAGAACACGAAGGAAGCAUCCCGAUCAUUCUGGUCGUCUUAUCUUUCUGAUGUCAAACCAGCAAGGCUGAUGUUCAAUUACAACCUUGUAUCUAAUCCCCGACAGGAUAGACUUUACGAGGCGAGAAUAAACAUUCCGAAGCGAGUGCUAUCGCAAGCUACAGCCGCAACGGUUCUUCUUGCAGGUCUUACGCUCUUAGUUGCUCGGGUGUGUGACACUCGAGAUGUCAUUCUCGCACACCUAUUAACUGGCAGGACGCUUCCUCUCGCUGGGAUAGAGAACUGUCCCGGGCCAACCAUUACAAAGGUGCCCUUGCGGAUUCCCUUGAUGGACCAGGAUUUGGUUACCCUAGAAUUGGAUUCCGUUGCGAAGAAAAUCACUGCUGAGCUGAUGCGUGUCAUGCCUCACGAACACUCCGGCCUAUCUGCCAUCCGAGAAUUCAUUCCCCAAGCAGAAGGCACUACAACGUCGAGUGGGAAGUUCCAUGCAGGGUCUGUUCUGGGCCGCUUACCUUUAGACCUGGUGAUUCAUCCGAAGGGUGGCCUUGACCUGUUAGGCAAGCAUGGCCUAGGUCUCCAGAACGAAGGCUUUCGUCUCGUUGCGCCACCCUCUGGUGGGCUUUCUAUGGAGUGUGCUCUAGUAGAUGAUGACGACGAUAAACGAUCGGACACAAUAAGCGUAGAUGUCUCAGUUUUGUGGGAUCAAAGAGCGGCAACCCAGGAGGAUGUCAUCGAACUAGUUCAUUCUCUACAGGGUAUAUUUACAAAGAGGAACCUCGCAGCAUGA